AUGGUUAGGAAGAAAUCGACCUCAAUAGCGUGGCCAUAUACACCUGAACCUUCACCCCGUCUUGAACCAUUGGUUUACCCGUUGGUAGAUAUUCCCGAGGAGUUCAGCAUGUCCGAGGAAGAGCUGCCGCGGGCAAGGCCCAUCAGUGUGGCAGCUCGAAAAGAAGGUGUGCUGUCGCCCGGAGGCAGACCGACUUUGGAGGAUGUGCUCAACAACAAGGCGCCGUCACCAUAUACCCUAGCCGCGUACACAGCAUUUCUCUCGCAGCAACACUGUCUAGAAACGCUCGAAUUCACCACAGAGGCCAAGAGAUACUCGGACAAAUACGAUGAGGCAUCAGCCAGCAUGGGAGGCAUGCCACUCACAGUAGAAACGCAGGAAGGAUGGGAAUUGAUACAGGACUGGACACGGCUCCUCGAAAUCUAUGUCAAGCCAGGUGCUCCGCGAGAAAUCAAUUUGCCGGCAGAGGAACGAGAUGAUUUGAUCGAACGAUCCUACGACUUCAGACCUCCUCGGCCUGACUAUCUGGACGCUGCUGUCAAACGCAUGUACGAUUUGAUGUCGGAUUCGAUCUUCAUUCCAUUCUGCAACAGCCUGAAACAACUCCACGCCCAGACAUAUUCGGCUAUGUCGGACUACGCGGACAUGGCUGAACUUGAACCUUCACGGCUGACAUAUGAUGAGCGAAGCAUGCAUCGCCGGAUGCCAUCCCGCCGACGGCGGUCUCCUCCACAUACCUCAGCGGUGUCGUUUGAAGCUACUCGAUCUCCUCCGCAACAGCAUCGGCCUACACAAUCCUCGUCAUUAUCCUCGGCAUUAGGGCGGCAGAGUGGGGCGCGCUUGUCGACGCACGUGUCGCAUUCAUCUGCAGUCUCAGAAAGCGCACUGACUGACAGCAGCGGAGGUCCGGAUAGUCCGCCUGUGGGUGAUCUUCUAGAAGUUGAAUCAGUCAUAACCCCGCCGACAACGCCGCCAACGAGCGAGUUGGGUGGGACUAUAAGUCAUGGAAGUGGAAGUGGAAUGGCAACCGUCAAGUCACAUCGAAGUGAAAGCGGCGGCUGGAAGAAGGCCAUGAAGAUCUUCAGCGGCGGCAAGAGGAAGAAUGGAAGCAGCGAGCAGGACUGA